UUAUGCCAACACAAGUAUAUGAGGGGUUGUGUAAAAAUUAUUUUUCUCUUGCUGUACUACAAAGACAUAGAAUCGAACUGCUUUUUUUGGAUAUACUGAUUUUUCUUUCUCUUUUUCUUUUCUUUCUUCUAUUUCUUGUGGAUAUUAUGGCUAACAACACAACAAGUUUAGGGAGUCCAUGGCCAGGAAACUUUUGGGAGGACCUUAUCAUGUCCUUCACCGUAUCCAUGGCAAUCGGGCUGGUACUUGGAGGAUUUAUUUGGGCUGUGUUCAUUUGUCUGUCUCGAAGAAGAAGAGCCAGUGCUCCCAUCUCACAGUGGAGUUCAAGCAGGAGAUCUAGGUCUUCUUACUCCCAUGGCCUCAACAGAACUGGAUUUUACCGCCACAGUGGUUGUGAACGUCGCAGCAACCUCAGCCUGGCCAGUCUCACUUUCCAGCGACAAGCUUCCCUGGAACAAGCAAAUUCCUUUCCAAGAAAAUCAAGUUUCAGAGCUUCUACUUUCCAUCCCUUUCUGCAAUGUCCACCACUUCCUGUGGAAACUGAGAGUCAGCUGGUGACUCUCCCUUCUUCCAGUAUCUCUCCCACCAUCAGCACUUCCCACAGUCUGAGCCGUCCUGAUUACUGGUCCAGUAACAGUCUUCGAGUGGGCCUUUCAACACCGCCCCCACCUGCCUAUGAGUCCAUCAUCAAGGCGUUCCCAGAUUCCUGAGUAGGGUGCUUUUGGUUUUUGUUUCUUUCUUGUCUUGUCUUUUAUUGAAAGGAAAUCGUAAAUAGGCUAAACAGAAUUUUGAGGGCAUGGCCCAAAUAACUAACGAGUUCCAAGUUGAAGCAUGGUUGUGCAAGUUGGACAUUACAAUGUAAAACGUAUUUUCUUGGAGCACAUGUUUUCCCUUUUGUUUCAAAAAAUGUAAUAUUUUCUCCCAAGGGUUUUAUAUUUAUGUAUUUUGUAUUCAAUGUGAGGCUUAUUACAAAUAGUGAUUCUAAUGUAAGAAUCCACUGAGAUGCAUUAUAUAUAUUUUAAUUAAAAUUAAAACUUUAGAUAUUUGUGGAUUACAAUCCUCAUUUACUUCCAAUGUGACUAGAAAGAGAAAAAAAAAUCAGUGUCACUUUAAAGAGAAAUCUUCUAAGGAAUUCGGAUAUUACUUUCUUUAGAAUGAGAAGUGAAUUAUAUUGACAUUUUACAAUCUUGAAUUUCUUUUUUUUUUUUUUCUUUUGAGACGGGGUCUUGGUCUGUCGCUCAGGCUGGAUUUGCUGUGGCAUGAUCAGGACUCACUGCAGCCUCUAUCUCCCCGGCUCAAGUAAUCCUCCCAUCUUAGUGCCCAAGUAGCUGGGACUACAGGGGUGCACUACCAUGCCCAGCUAAAUUUGCUUGAAUUUUAGUAAAGAUGAAGUCUCACUAUGUUGCCCAGGCUGGUCUCAAACUCCUAAACUCAAAUGAUCCUCCUGCCUCGGCCUCCCACAUUGCUGGAAUUAUAGGCAUGAGCCACCAUGUCUGGCCAAUCUUGGAUUUUUAAUGGAGUAUGUGGGCAUGAAAUGACAGAACAUAGGACAUUCUAAAGUUCCUUGAUUUUACUCAUUAUGAAAAGUGUGGGACUCAAGCACAGGAAACUGAACUCUUUUGGUGUCAUUGGAUGUUUCAUUUUUGACACUAAUUUUUUCUGGACAAACUCUUUCUGUGUUUUUCCCAAGAAUAGUUAUCUAAUUUCUUGAGGCAAAAUCCUUGGAUUUACUAACAUGAUGAUUUACCUUUUCUUCACCGUUGUCAUUACCUUGUUAGAAAAGCAACAGGAAAAAACCCAAUUCAUUUGGCCUAAAAACAAGCCUCAAGUUUAAAACCAAGCUCACAUUUUUCUUAAGGGAAAAAUUUUAUUUCUUAAACUUACAUCUAGCAACUUGGAAAGCACUUUCUCUGGGGAUCUUCUUUUGUAACUUCACAGACAAAUAAGUAUGAGUCACUGCGGAGAGAGUUUGUUAUUGAAAUAGAUGUUACCCAUGAAGAAUUCUCCUUCCUGGAUUGACUCUUAAUCAUCAGGCAUCAUCCCUUGUUUGCUUCUCUACGAAUCUCAAUUCCAACUUCUCUGCAGAGUCUUUGUACAGUGAUUAAGCCAUGCCAGAUGGUCUUUGGUGCACACAGUUAUUUAAGAACCCACUUCCACAGGUGGCUGCCCUUGUAAGGAAGGAUGCAUCCCUAAAUGUGGGCACCAGAGAGCUCCAGUGGGCAGAUGUCUGUGGCUGCCCUUCUCAUUUAAGGACAUGAGUUAACUGGAGUAUUACUCAAAAAGCCUGUGGUUCAUUUCCAGUAUUGUGAAUAUUUAGUUUAUGUGGCCGUUUCUUUGCUUCUUUGAACACUGGGAUUUUCAGUGAAAAAGUGCUCUCUUUUUCAUUUCCUAUUGCAGUGGUCACAGCUAAUAGUGUCUGAACAUGGUUCAAGAAUAAGAGAUUCCAUGUAGCAUUUUCUUUAUUAUUUUCAUUUCGCUUACAUUACCCAUCAUUCCUCAAGGACAAUUAUUCUCAAUAAUGCUUAUAGAAAAUGUUCUCUAAUUAAACAUGCCAGAAAGAAAGAGUGAGGGAAAGAGGGAACAGGAAGAAAAUGGAAGAAAGAAAAGAAAAAGGGAAAAAGACUAACAGGAUAACCAAUUUGUUAUAAGUUGGUUUUCAACAAAGAAAUUUAGCAGCCGAGUAAGAUUUCAAGAGAAUAUUAACUUGGUUUCAAGGCUACUUUUUUUUUUUUUUUUUUUUUACUUACAUGUCAUCCUUAAUGUCUAACAUGAAAAAUCAACAGAAUAUGAUUUUUAUCAAGAAUUUAUGUUGGGAGUAAAAACUGCUUUAUAUCUUCCAAAUUAGGAAGAGAAGACCAGAAAUCCUCUGGGGCAUUUAACCAUCUGGCAGAAUUGUUGCUGCACCCUUAUCCCAGUUAUAAGACAGUUAAAAUGACUAUUUCCUAAAUAUUGUGAGUGUAUGAAAUGUGAAAUUAAAGCAAAAACUGGAGACUUUUAAUGUUGUAUUUCUUUAAUUUGAAAUGUUUUGUGGAUUAUGAAAUAAAAAUAAAUUGAUGUCAAGUUUUAUUCAAAA